CAACAAAGCCUGCUGAGAUGGAAAAUAAACCAAUCACACUCACUUCCUUCUCACUCUCACACACACAGACUGAGACCCUUCACCAGACGGAGGCUGGAUGCUUUGACAGCAGGGACACGGCAGCUCUUUCUUUUGAGUGAUCCUCCUGUCAUCGGCAGAACUCAGACGAGUAAACGCAAUGAAAUGUCAAGUAGUGUUUCCUGCCUGUCUGCUGCUGCUUUGGACACUGACAGCAUCUGUCAGUAGUAAUUCAGGAGAAAAGGACAAGAUAACUGUGACAAAAGAGUCUGAUGGGAUAAAGGUGUCCUGUGGCGGAAGUAAAACUCUAUUUAAAGAUGAGACAGAGGUUGAAUCCGGGAAAUUGGAAUACAAUGAUGAGAACACAGGGGAGUACUCUUGUGCGCUACUCAAUGAAAAAGUACUCACAGAAGAAACAAAAAUCUUUGUGAAAUUUCGGACCUGUGAUAAUUGCAUAGAGCUCGACCCGACUUCAAUAUUUGGACUAGUUGUUGGAGACGUGGUGGCUACGAUCGUGAUUGGAUGGGCUGUCUAUCUUGUUGCGUCUCAGACUCGCAGCGGUCCAAUUGCCUCUCACAAGAAAGGCUCUGAUAGACAGCAUCUCGUUCCUAACGAAGUGAGCAACAGAGGCUCCAGUGACCAUUACCAGCCUCUGAGACACCAAGGUGGUAAAAAAGAAACGUAUGAUGUUCUGAACAGAAGAUAGAGGGGUGGUGGCCCCUCUGCCUGGGAACCCAACCCCCCACUCUCCCCAGCCUGAAAACAUACUCUCCAUGUGUCCUUGCAACGCAAACAUCUGCAGGAGGGAAAAGUCUGUUAUCGGUUCCCAGGCUCAACAUCAUGACAGGAUACUUUCUGAUGUGUAGCUCUGCGACGGACGCCGCUCGUUCCUGAUGUAAUGUGCUCUGUAGAUUACUGUCUCAGCUUAGGAUCUCAUUUCAUUUAUUUUCACCAUGCAUGUAAGAUGUUGCUCUUAAUAGACCACUCACAUAUCAAGUGACUUGUUAACCUAUUGCUGUAUGUCAUAGUGCAGUGUUUAUCAGCUGUUGUUCUCGUGUUGGCGUCUCAUUUGAAUCGGCUAUGUUCUUUCUUCCAAUUCUGUAAGUAGGGCUGCUACAACAGCCACUUAAUAUAAUGACUUAAAAAUGAAGUGUUUCUUUUGACAAACAAAAUGGACAUUAUCAUGAUGCAAAAAUAAAAAUUGACAACAAAAAUUGUGUUGUCUUGUUAUGUUGGCAGCUAUUGCCAGUGCUGGAAAGCAACUAAGUACAGUUACUCAUGUAUACUUAGGUACAGUUUGAAGGUACUUCAAAAAGGUUUAGAGGUAAAUACUGUGCAUUUUACUGACUGACAACUAUGAUUACAACUUUUCAGAUUAACUUCAACAACAUAUAAGCUUUUAAAAGAAUGUAUAAAGAGUUGUUUGCGGCUCUGCAAAAGAGACCCCCCUCUGAAACCACUCAGAUGGUUUCGUGGAAGUAAUUGUUUGAGGCUUAAAGAAGGUCUAAUUAUCCUCUAUUUGACAAAUAACAUUAGAAAAAGUCUAUGUCUAAAAUACAGAUUUGUGGUGCAGAAUUUGUUUGUUUUCUUCUUUUCCACCACAUAUCAUCAUCAUGACCAUGUUCCCAAGGUUUGGGAACCACUGGACUAAACUACCAAACUGCAUAUUGCACUAAGUAGUCACAGUUUUUCUCGGUUGCUUUGGUACAUUUUUCAGAUCAGAAGUGAAAUUCUCAAAACUACUUGUUCAACCUCCACAUUAUCAUUUGUGCAAAUCAUAAACACAAUUGAUUAUUCCUUUAAACAGUGCUUUGACACCUUUAUGCAAAUGAUUAUGUACAAUUGUUUGCUGUUUCCUACAUUAUCAAUUGCUUAUGUCAUGUUGAUCACGAUGUAUUAUACCCGUCUCUGUUGAAUAGUGUUACCCCCCAAAAAAUCUAGGUAUAAGGUCAUUGCAUGAGUCACUACGUGCAAAGUGGUUGAACACGUUGUCAUAAUCUGUCAAGCAUAUUUUCUAUUCAUGCCUAUUAGAUUUUUUUGUAAAUGUGUCCUGAAUUGAUGAAGAUAUCCGUUGCGAUGUGGAUGAUAAUCAGUGGGCCAACAGACAGGAACAUCAGCCUGAGGGCUGUUUCCAUAUUUACACUUCGAAUUUUGUAAUUUUUUCCGUUGUGCCUUUCAGUGCUGUAAAACAUUCUUGUUUUAUUUUAUUUUCUGUAUCACAAUGACGUACUCUGUUAACAAAUUACAGUACAAACCAUAAAAGUGCGAAUGUGAA